CACUAGCCCAACAUGUAUACAAUGACCCAAAGAUGGAGGCGGCUAAAUUUGAUAUCAGAGCUUGGGUUUGUGUUUCCGAUCAUUUUGAUGUUUUGACAGUGACGAAAUCAAUUCUCGAGGCAAUCACUAAAUCUAAAGAUGAUAGCGCAGACUUAGAAAUGGUUCAUGGAAGAUUGAAAGAAAAAGUAUCUGGAAAGAGAUUUCUUCUUGUUUUGGAUGAUGUUUGGAACGAGAGGCGAGAAGAAUGGGAGGCUGUGCAGACUCCUCUUAGAUAUGGGGCUCCAGGAAGUAGAAUUAUUGUGACAACACGUGGUGAGAAAGUCGCUUCUAACAUGAAGUCUAAAGUGCAUCGCUUAAAGCAAUUAGAAGAGGAUGAAUGCUGGAAAGUCUUUGAAAAACAAGCACUAAAAGAUGACGAUCUUGAAUUGAAUGAUGAGAAAAAGGAGAUUGGUAGAAGGAUUGUUGAGAAGUGCAAAGGAUUACCUCUUGCUUUGAAAACAAUUGGAAGUCUUCUCUGUACAAAGUCAUCCAUUUUAGAUUGGCAAAGUGUAUUGGAAAGUGACAUAUGGGACUUACCGAAAGAAGUUGAAAUAAUCCCGGCUCUAUUAUUGAGUUAUCAACAUCUUUCUUCUCACCUCAAGAGGUGCUUUGCUUAUUGUGCUCUAUUUCCAAAAGAUUAUGAGUUUGACAAGAAGGAAUUAAUUUUGUUGUGGAUGGCCGAAGGUUUUCUCCAUCACUCUCAACAGAAUAAAAAUGUACAAGAAAUUGGUGAGCAGUAUUUCGAUGAUUUAUUAACGAGGUCUUCUUUCUUCAAUCAACCUUCAAAAUGCAAUUCAUCAUGCAUGACCUUUUGAAUGAUUUGGCAAAGUAUGUUUGUGGAGACUUCUGUUUCAGAUUGAAAUUUGAUAAAGGAAACUCUA